GUUACCGAAGAAUCACGGAAUUGGCGUAUCUUCCAGUUGUGUCAUGGUUGACAGGUGUGUUGAGGAAGAUACGAUGUUUUGAUAAGUUGGAAGUUCCGUUUGGCCACGUUCGGGGUGCCGUUUGAAAGAACCGGAUAGCAUAAUCGACAUAUGAAAUCGGGAGACAGAUUCAUAGCGAGUUUAGGCCACAACACACGAUGCGACGGACUCAAGUGACCUCUCUCAACAGGGAUACGGAACUAGCGUAGCAGACUUCACUUUCUGCUCACCGAUGGAUGUGAUUAUGUUCUAAGUUUUUGAGUGGAUGUGGUACGGUUUUAGUGUCAAGAUGUCUGCAAGUUUCUUGCACAUCGGAGAUAUUGUGUCCCUUUAUGCCGAAGGGAGUGUCAAUGGAUUUAUAUCAACAUUAGGCUUGGUUGACGACAGAUGUGUGGUGCAACCAGAUGCAGGGGAUCUCAACAACCCACCGAAGAAAUUUCGAGACUGCCUGUUCCGGAUAUGUCCCAUGAGCCGCUACUCUGCCCAGAAGCAGUACUGGGAGGCACAGCGCCAGUCGUCCACCGACCCGAUUCUGCUGGAGAGACUCCAUCAUGCAGCGGAACUGGAAAAGAAGCAGAAUGAAGGAGAGAGCCGGAAACUGCUGGGUUCCGAGAUUCAGUAUGGCAUGGUGGUACAGUACCUUCACCUGAAGAGCAACAAGUACCUGACUGUCAACAAACGGCUCCCGGCCCUGCUGGAGAAGAAUGCCAUGCGUGUGACGCUGGACACGCCGGGGAACGAGGGUUCCUGGUUCUACAUUCAACCAUUUUACAAACACAGCUCCCCAGGAGACAGGGUGGUGGUGGGUGACAAGGUGGUGCUGAACCCGGUCAACGCCGGCCACCCACUGCACGCCAGUAACUGUGACCUGGUGGACAACACAGGAUGCAAGGAGGUGAACUCCUUAAACUGCAACACCUGCUGGAAGGUGACUCUCUUCAUGGACUUCAAGGAGAACAAGGACGACAUCCUCAAGGGGGGUGAUGUGGUGAGGUUGUUCCACGCCGAGCAGGAGAAGUUCCUCACUGGGGAUGAGUACAAGAAGAAGCAGUAUGUCUUCCUGAGGACGACAGGGAGGACGUCCGCCACCGCGGCCACCAGCUCCAAGGCAUUGUGGGAAGUGGAGGUAGGGCUGCUGGGAACAUGGGUUCUGAUGGAGGACAGGAACAGAGGAGGCGGAUGAUAUGUAGGAAUGAGUUGGAAGGGUUGUUACCCUGGCAGGAUCAAGAUGAAAUCUGAGAAUUGAUAUUUUGCUGCUACUUUUUGCCAGGUGGAUAACGACCCGACAGUGGACACCACACGACAGAAGCUACAGGGGCUGCCCACCUCCGCAGUCUACUGCCUAGUAUCUGUCCCCCACGGACACGACAUCGCAUCCAUCUUUGAACUGGACCCCACCACCAUGACCAGAACAGACACUCUCGUUCCCAGGCAAACGUUUGUACGGCUGCACCAUCUGUGCACAGACACCUGGGUCCACAGCACGUCCAUCCCUAUAGACAAGGAGGAGAAGAACUCCAUCAUGAACAAGGUCGGUUGUGCUAAGAUCAAGGAGGACAAAGAAGCGUUUGCCAUCGUCCCAGUGUCACCACAGGAGGUGCGAGAUCUGGACUUCGCGAACGACGCCAGUCAAGUCCUGGCUGACAUCGCCAACAAGCUGGAGAAAGGUGCCAUAACACAGAAUGAGAGGAGGUUUGUGACCCAGCUGCUGUCUGACCUCAUCCUCUUCCUGGCACUGGAGGAGAUUGGCUCCACUAUGGAUCCUCUGGAGCUGGAGGCCAGUAAGGAGGACCGUGAGAGGCAGAAGCUGCUCCGGGAACAGAACAUCCUCAAACAGAUCUUCAAGAUCCUGCAAGCCCCAUUUGUUGACCAUGGCGACGGUGAGGGACCCUUCUUGAAGAUGGAGGAACUGGCGGACCAGCGCCACGCCCCCUUUCGUCACAUCUGCCGACUAUGUUACCGCAUGCUGAAACUGUCCCAGCAGAACUACAGGAAGAACCAGGAGUACAUCGCCACGAAGCUGCCAUUCAUGCAGAAACAGAUCGGGUAUGAUGUCCUAGCAGAGGAGACGAUCACAGCACUACUGCACAACAACAGGAAGUUGCUGGAAAAACACAUCACAGCCUCGGAAAUCGAGACAUUUGUCAGUCUUGUGCGCAAGAAGAAAGAGCCAAGGUUCCUGGACUACCUGUCGGACCUGUGUGUCUGCAACAAGGUGGCUAUCCCCGUCACACAGGAGCUCAUCUGUAAGUGUCUGCUGGACAAGAAGAAUGCAGACAUCCUCAUCGAAACCAGGAUUGUGAAGACGCAGGUUGAGGUGGAGCUGGUGGGAGAUGGUGUGGAUGGGCAGAUGAUGGACAGUGUUGUUGUGGAGGAGGAUGACGAAGUGGUGCUCAUGUGGGACAACGAUACCAAGUCACGGGGCAUCAGGGAGCUCGCCAUGGCAACCACUGACAGGGUGAAGGAAGACAAGGAGAUCCUGGAAUAUUACAGACACCAGCUGGAUCUGUUCUCCCACAUGUGCCUUGAUCGCCAGUACCUUGCCAUUAACAAGUUGUCUCAGGAACUGGAUGUCGACCUUAUCCUCAAAUGCAUGUCCGACGAGCUCCUCCCGGCCGACCUGCGUGCCUCGUUCUGCCGUCUGAUGCUGCACAUGCACGUGGACCGCGACCCCCAGGAACAGGUGAAGCCAGUCAAGUACGCCCGGCUAUGGUCUGAGAUCCCCUCACAGAUCUCCAUAGAAGACUAUGAGUCCGCUGUCAGCAAAGUCCCGGAGAAGGAGAAAGUCAAACACAAGUUUGCUCUCACCAUCAAUUUCGUCGAGGACUACCUCUGCAAUGUUGUCAACCGUGCCUGGACAGAACCUGAGCAGAACAAGCUGACCUACGAGGUGGUCAACCUGGCCCGUCAGCUCAUCUACUUCGGCUUCUACACAUUCAGUGACCUGCUGCGCCUCACCAAGACAUUGCUGAGCAUCUUGGACUGUGUGCCAGAGACCAACCAUCUCGCCCUCACCCCUGUCAGUGAAUCAGCUGAAGAAAGCCUCGAGAUGAGUCUUUCUGCCAUCGGUGAGGCGCUGACAAAGCAAAAGAAGAAGAGGGAGACUGAUGAGGAAGACACCAUCGUCAUGGAUACUAAACUUAAAAUUAUUGAAAUCCUCAAGUUUAUUUUAGACGUACGUCUAGAUUACCGCAUCACUUGCCUCCUGUCUAUAUUUAAACGAGAGCAUGACGAGCCCAGUCAUGCAGAAAUGUGGACUACUACAGAGUUGGACCUGGAGAGCAUUGCCAACAGUGCAGAGGACAUCUUCGGUGGCAGUGAGGACACGGCCGAGCUGGACCUGGACGGCCACAGCGGGAAGAUGUUCCUCCGCGUGCUGCUCAACCUCGUCAUGCACAACUACCCUUCCCUCGUCUCAGGUUCCCUUCAACUCCUGUUCCGCCACUUCAGUCAGAGGCAAGAAGUCCUACAGACAUUUAAACAGGUGCAGCUGCUGGUUACCCGAAGCGACGUAGAGAACUACCGUCAGAUCAAGUGGGACCUGGACCAGCUACGACUGAUGGUGGAGAAAUCCGAGCUGUGGGUGUACAAGAGCAAGCCAGGCUCCGAGGGCAAGAAGAAAAAGAAGGAGGGAGAGGGAGGGAAGGAAAAGGGAGAAGGUAAUGGCAAGAAGAAGUCGAAGGCAGCAUCACAGUGGACUGCUGACCAGGGAUCUGCUAUUGACCUUGAACUUGGCCCACCGAUUGACAACCUUGCUACGAAGAACUACAAGGCCAUCAAAGCUGUGCUACUGAGACUCACCAGACUCUGCGUCCAGGACCUCCCUGAUUCCGUCAUCUCCAAGAAGCCACGCAAACAUGAACAACGUCUUCUUCGCAACAUGGGCGCCCACUCAGUGGUGUUGGAGCUGUUACAGAUACCCUAUGAUAAAACGGAGGACAUACGGAUGCAGGAGAUCAUGAAGCUGGCCCACGAGUUCCUCCAGGCCUUCUGUCUGGGCAACCAGCCCAACCAGGCCCUGCUGUACCAGUCUCUCGACCUGUUCCUCACUCCAGGGUUGCUGGAGGCACAAACUACUCGCAGCAUCUUCCUUGACAACGCCCACCUGUGCAACGAGAUCAAGGAACGAGUGGUGCAGCACUUUGUGCGAUGUAUUGAGACCCACGCGCACGUACAUUACAUCAAGUUCCUGCAGACGAUCGUGAAGGCGGAGAACAAGUACAUCCGACGCUGUCAGGAGAUGGUCAUGGCGGAGCUUGUGAAUGUGGGAGAGGAGGUGCUCCUGUUCUACAAUGACCGAGCCUCGUUUGAAGAACUGAUCCGCCUGAUGCAGUCUGAGCUCGACCGAGCGGACGAGAACAGUCAGCUGAUGUAUCACAUCAACCUGGUCCAGCUGCUGGCUCUGUGCACUGAGGGCAAGAAUGUCUACACCGAAAUCAAGUGCCACUCCCUCCUCCCGCUGGACGACAUUGUCCGUGUCGUCACACAGCCCGACUGUAUCCCAGAGGUGAAGACAGCGUACAUCAACUUCCUGAACCACUGCUACGUUGACACAGAAGUUGAGAUGAAGGAAGUGUACAACAGCAAGCACAUGUGGACACUCUUCGAGAACUUCCUCAUCGACAUGGGCAUUGUGUGCAACGCCACCACAGACAGGAAACACGCGGACACCGUGUUGGAGAACUACGUAUGCAUCACCAUCAUGAGUAUCAUCACCAUGUUCUUCAGCUCCCAGUUCUCUGACCAGAGCACCUCUGUCCAGACGAACCAGGCAGUGUUUGUGCGGUUGCUUCAGGGAGCGUUCCGUGUGUCACACUGCAAAUGGCUGAGUGGGAGUCAGAGAUACCAUGUUGAAAACUGCAUCAAGACUCUCUCCGAGACAGCCAAGAGUCGUAGUAUCGCGAUCCCCGUGGACCUGGACAGUCAAGUGAACUCGCUGUUUGAGAAGACAAACAUUGUGAUGAAACACAGCAACAAGUGGCUCAGUGCCCGUGCAAGCCGCCGAGAGUCCAACACCGACCAGUCCCGAGAUUCUCGCAACAUAAUCGAGGGCCUUCAGGAGAUAGUUUCCACCCUGGAAGACCAGUUACGUCCCUUGGUUCAAGCAGAGUUAUCUGUACUUGUUGACGUGCUACACCGCCCUGAGCAGCUUUUCCCCCCUGGCACUGAGGCCAGGAAGAGAUGCGAGAGUGGGGGCUUCAUCUCCAGGCUGAUCACGCACACGGAGAAGUUGCUGGAGGAGAAGGAGGAGAAGCUUUGCAUCAAGGUGCUGCAGACUCUCAAGGAGAUGAUGACCAUCGACAUCGAGUACGGAGACAAGGUGGACUUGAAGACAAUGAACAAAUCUGAGUUGGACGACCAUCGGAGGGGUGAGGCCCUUCGUCAGAGUCUGUUGACCCGGUACUAUGGUCGGGCACACCCACGGAACCGCCGUGACAGUGUCAUGGGAAACUCCAUUGGUGGAAGACAAGCCGUCAACCCUGGGUCUGUCAUCCUCAGCAGAGCAGAGAUGUCGCUACACGACGUACAGUGCCACCUGGACCGUGAAGGUGCGUCCGACCUGGUUGUGGAUAUCAUCAUCCGGAACACCAGCAACAGGAUCUUCCUGGAGACAGUGGAGCUUGGCAUAGCUCUCCUGGAGGGAGGGAACAUUGUCAUACAGCGCUCACUCAUGAAUCGAUUACGGACAGACAAGAACACCGAGAAGUUCUUCAAGGUGUUCUAUGACCGUAUGAAGGAGGCGGAACAGGAGAUCCGGAACACUGUCACCGUCAACACAGGCGACACAGACAGGAACCUCUUCGGGGGAGAGAAAGGACAGGGAAAAGGUGGGAAAGAUGGCUACAUGAUGACACUCACACUCGAACAUUAUGAACAAAUGAGUCUGAGUGGAGGCAAGUCACACGAGACUUCGGUGAACGAUGUCUUCCGGCAUGAGUUGGAUGAUGCUGCCAAGCAGACCAACCAUGCUCUGUCUUCCGUCCGACAACUCCACGGGGUCCGAUCCGACCAUGAUGGGGCAGAGGAGACCCGGACCAUUCACCAUGACGACGCAGAGAAAGUCUCCAAGGACAAGGAUGAGAAGAAGAUGUCACCACAGGUCAAGACGAUGCAGCCAAUACUGAGGUUCUUGCAGCUGCUGUGUGAGAACCACAAUAGAGAACUUCAGAACUACCUGCGCUUCCAGCACAACAUCAAAUCGACCUACAACCUGGUGUGUGAGACACUGCAGUUCCUCGACUGUAUCUGCGGCAGCACCACCGGUGGCCUCGGCCUCCUUGGCCUCUACAUCAACGAAAACAACGUGGUCCUGAUCAACCAGGCACUGAGCAGCUUGACUGAGUACUGCCAGGGACCCUGCCAUGAGAACCAGAAUGCUAUAGCUAUGCACGAAAGUAAUGGCAUCGACAUCAUCAUCGCUCUGCUGCUGAAUGAUAUCAACCCACUGGGGAAACAUCGCAUAGACUUGGUGUUGGAGCUGAAGAACAACGCCUCCAAGCUGCUCUUGGCUGUGAUGGAGAGUCGGCAUGACAGUGAGAAUGCAGAGAGGAUCCUCUACAACAUGAGCCCCAAACAGCUGGUCGAUGUUGCGAAGCAGGCGUUUCACCGAGAGGACACUGUAGAAGAUGAUGAGAAGGAGGAUGAGGAGCGGGAUGCAUCCCCAAAAGCUGUCGGACACAACAUCUUCAUCCUUGCACACCAGUUGUCUCAGCACAACAAGGAGUUGGCAGAGCUUCUGAAGCCAAGCGGAACAGAUCUGUACGGAGACCAGGCCCUCAAGUUCUAUGCCAGGCACACGGCUCAGAUAGAGAUUGCACGUCAGGACCGGACAAUGGAGCGCAUCGUAUUCCCCAUCCCGGAGAUCUGUGAGUACCUGACGGAGGAGACGAAGGUGAAGGUCUUCAACACGACAGAGAGAGACGAGCAGGGCAGCAAGGUGGCGGACUUCUUUGCCACCCAUGAAGAUCUGUUCGCCGAAAUGAAGUGGCAGAAAAUGUUGCGUGCCAACCCGCUGCUGUUCUGGUUCAGCAGUCACAUGCUCCUCUGGGGCUCCAUCUCCUUCAACUUCGCCGUCAUCAUCAACCUCAUGGUGGCCGUCUUCUACCCCUAUGAAGUCCUUCCGUUCGAGUCGUUGGAUCCACGUCUGUCUGGGCUGGUAUGGACAGCCAUGUUGGUGUCUCUUGCCAUCGUGAUCACAAUCCCCCGACCUGCUGGUAUACGUACUCUCAUCGUCUCUACAAUACUUCGCCUCAUCUUCUCAGUGGGUCUUGGACCAACACUGUGGCUACUCGGGGGCCUCAAUGUUGUCAACAAGUUCAUCUUCCUGAUCAGCCUGAUGGGCAACCGAGGAACAUUCUCCAAGCCCAUCAACGUGAUUCUCACGGACUUUGAGUUCAUGUACCACGUCCUCUACCUGCUGUUGUCAGUCCUGGGGCUGUGUGUGCACGAGUUCUUCUACAGUCUACUGCUUCUAGAUGUGGUGUAUAGAGAGGAAACACUGCUGAAUGUCAUCAAGUCUGUCACACGCAACGGUCGCUCCAUCGUGUUGACCGCAGUGCUGGCUGUCAUCCUCAUCUACCUCUUCUCCAUCAUCGCUUUCAUCUUCUUCCGUGAUGACUUCCUGAUGGAGGUUGACCCCCUGACAACUGACGCUCCCCAGCUAGAAGAUGUUAACGUCACAGUGCCCGAAUCUACCUGUUCAGCAGGUGACAAGAACUGCACGUCGACGGGGUCCAUUGUCAGCCAGCUGAUCCAGGCAGGAAAAGAUACACUGAGUGGAGCUGGAGACGGCGGCCUGGAGGAAGAAGGCAAACAGCGAACGUGCGACACUCUCAUCAUGUGCAUCGUCACCUCUCUCAACGAGGGACUAAGGAAUGGGGGAGGCAUCGGUGACGUCCUCCGCAAACCCAGUAGCAAGGAGCCGCUGUUUGUAGCAAGGAUUGUCUACGAUUUGCUCUUCUUCUUCAUCGUCAUCAUUAUCGUCCUUAACCUCAUCUUUGGUGUCAUCAUCGACACCUUUGCCGAUCUCAGAAGUGAAAAGCAGACAAAAGAGGAAGUCAUCAAAAAUACAUGUUUCAUUUGUGGUCUUCAAAGGGGUGAAUUUGACAAUCGGUCAACAUCGUUUGAGGAGCACAUUCGAUCAGAACACAACAUGUGGCACUACCUGUUCUUCAUCGUGCUGGUGAAGGUGAAGGACCCCACAGAAUUCACAGGACCGGAGAGUUAUGUCCACGAUAUGAUAAAGGACAAGAACCUGGACUGGUUCCCGAGGAUGCGUGCGAUGUCCCUGACAGCGGAGGACAGUGAGGGUGAACAGAGCGACCUGCGAAAUCUGCAGGUGCAGCUGGACUUCACUAACAAGCUGGUCCAGGUUCUCUCCCACCAGCUGUCUGAACUCAAGGAGCAGAUGACAGAACAGCGGAAACAGAAACAGAGGAUGGGUUUGCUACAACACAAUCCUGUGUCCUACGUCAACCAGGGCCUGUAGACAGACACCGACCCUUCAUCAAGAACCAUCUCCACCUGACCCGAGCAGCCCUUGCACUAGGAAUGUGACUGAUGGUAUACAGUGCAGUACUUACAACAGUGUCACAUGUGUAAUAAAGGUACCGAGACUACCCCCAGUGCUGUGGUUGGUUCAACCUUUCGUCACAUCUGUACUGGAGGAUGUCCUCUCCCGCUGUUACAGAAGCUGGUGUUCACGAAGGCUAUUCAUUAGGAUUUAGUAGAGUGUGUAUGGAGAUGAUGGAUAAUGUUGUUCAGUUAUGUGAUACAGCCCCUGUAGCAUCAGAGGUCACAGAUCACUUUCCGCUCUGACAAUCAGAACAUAUUCGGAGCAAACUGCCAUCCACAUCUCUAGUUCAUCUACCUUCCACAGGAGUCGAUCACUCCUUUGUCUGCCCAUGUAUGUAAGCGGCGCCGGUCAGGUGGAUGUCAUUUCUCAACAAUUCACUGCAAUGGCUCUCAUGCAAUUUCUUCACAUUUCAUGCACAUAUUUUUCUAUCAAAAUGAGAGUUUUUGUCUUCAGUGGAGAAGUGUUUCAUUUUUCCAGACUAUCAAUGAAAGUUACGACAUAUGAUGUAAUAUGUUACCAUGGUAACGGAUGUGAAAGGCCAGUGAGAGAGAUAUAUACAGAGACUGGCAGCGAAGUGACUGACAAUGUAUCUACUUAUAUAAUAUAUAUAUAUAUGGUGCUGUACAGAAAUGCUGAGCCAAGAACACAAUACUUGAACAAUUUUACAAAUAUUUUUUAUCAUGGUCACAAAUUACGAUUUUGCUGUCAAGUUAUGAAGAUGUUCUUUUACACUGAGUUUAGCCUUGCUUCUGUAGCAGAUGAUGUGUAGUUUACCAUAAUCUCUCCUGUACAAGACACAGGCGUAGUUUACCGUAAUCUCUCCUGUAAAGUUUAUAAGACAAAAGUGUAGUUUACCGUAAUCUCUCUUGUAGAAGAGAUAGGGAUGAAUAUAGUUAUCAAAGAGUGUCAGAAUAGCUUCUCUAAACAGAUCCUAUUGUUUGUACUGUUCAUUCUUCCUAGAAGUGAGAGGCGAGGCAUGAAAGCCAAUUUUGAAUUGAAGUCAAGGGAUGUUAAAACUGCAGUAGACAGGGCAUCCAUGUUAAUUUAAAAUAUGAUCACAGACGGACAUGAGGACUUCAGUGCCACUGUAGACUACACAACACCCCUUGCUGCAAAAGGUCCAAGGUAGUUUGCUGCAUGAUGGAAGUAGGAAAUAUUUUUCCCCCCAAUUUGUUACUCUCUCUUUUUUAUCUAUAGAAUGUUUAACAUUUCCAUGGAUUACUAGAAUGCAGCAUUCAGCUUGUAAAACACGCAGAGGUUGGCCUUGUCAGACCCAGUACUGCUGCUUCCUGUGGAGACGGGCAGUGGGGUAGCCUAGUGGUUAAAGCUUUCGCUCGUCACGCCGAAGGCCCGGGUUCGAUUCCCCACAUGGGUACAAUGUGUGAGGCCCAUUUCUGGUGUCCGCCGCCGUGAUGUUGCUGGAAUAUUGCUAAAAGCGGCAUAAAACUAUAUUCACUCACUCCUGUGGAGACCUCAUUAUGACUGACACAGUAAGGCUUCACCCAUUCUUCACUGAGGCAAAAUAGUGUUCAACUCCCUUCCUUCAAGGUUUUCCUUCAUGCUUAAUUGUUUCUGAAAAUGCAAGAGUCGCAGCCUGGUAGGUGUACAUAUGUAACCAUGGUAACUGAGAAAUAGAGAUGUACCUAUAUGCAACUGUCUGGCUGUCCGUGUUUUAGUGAUGUGUGUCUGGGGACAGCCCUACUUGUUUUUGUCACUGACAGUAUGCCUAUUUUAUACCCAUUAUUUAUUAUGUUUGUAUCUCUUUCUAUUUUAAAACCAAAUCCCUUUUUUAUCAAGGAAAAUGGAACAAGUGUCACAGUCAUGUUAAACGGUGUAAUCUGCUAGUAGAUCAGUGGAAAUUGUUGUCAUCUGAAUCUUGAUGUCCAGUUGGCGGAAGUCAAAUUAUAAAUCUCUGGUAAUGUAAGUACAGAUGUAUGUUGUCCUAAUGUUAUGAUGACCAGUUGGUACAGAGGCUGGUCAUUAAUGUCAGUCAGUGAAGGGUUCCGCUUCAUCAGGUGCUAGGAAGAAGUCACAGGAUCAACAACACGUUUAUCAAGAAACAUCUCUUGUAAAUACUUGUAGAAUAGUCUCUUAGAAUAUAUUUUCAUAUAAUGAAAUAUCAAUCUUGACUUAAAAACUUGUAAAGAGAGUAAUUAUAAGCAGAAUUUAAUAUAUUGAUUGGUGUGAAGAAAUUGAUACAAGUUAUAUAUCAGUUGUUGUAUUAAAGUAUAAGUCUGUAUCCCUGGAGAGGACAGACACAGGUCUACACAGUUCACGUUACCAGCAGGUUAGAAUUGCUCCAGCUGUCAGUGAAAGGAAGCUAUAAUAAUGAAAGUCUAGCAUUCAGUAGUUGUAUGAUCUGUCAGGGUAUUUUUAUACAUCAGGCCACAUCUGCUAGAACAGUAUAAUGUUCACACACAGAACGUAUAAUAAGCUGGCAUGUUAUUAUGUCUGAAAAUGUUGAACAAGUGAGAUUUGUUAGAGUAUACUACAACCAACUUCUCUCUAGGGCCAGACUAACAGACUUGGUUAUGUCUGUGAGUGUUUCCUCAACAGUCAAAAAGUAAGGAUAACUGUAUUAGUUCAUUGUUAUGUAAUAUUUAGAACACUUCCAAACAGCCAUAUUGGAGUAAUGGGCCCUUUAGAUGAAUUCAUAUAUGAACCGGUUACACAAGUUCAUUAUUGGCCAAAGAGUACCCUUAUUAUAUGUUUCAAUGUAUUCAGUUAUUAGAUCUCAGCUAGCUUACUUAUUUAAAGCGUUUCCUAGUUCAGAAUAUGCACUUUUUAUGCACUUUUAUAAUACACAAUACAAAUGCAUACUUGUGACAUAUCUAUGAGAAGCUUUUAUUUUUAGAGUCGCUAUAGUGAUUGAGCAUUUGCACGCAGGCUUUAUGGAACACUUAGCUGUUUCAGCUGACAGUUCAAGACUGUGUGAAAUACGCAUUAUAUUGUAAAGAACCUAUAAACUCGUGACAAUUAAACUUUAGGGAAGGGAGAUAAUUCUGUCUGGUCAAGCACACUGAACCCAUUCAAUUUCUUUAAUUGGCCUAAAAUUGUGAAUAAAACUGAAUAAGUUCUGUGUUGUUAUUAGGAAACAAAAAAAUGUGCCUAUAAAAUGCAUAUAAAAUGGCUGUCCCUUCCACCGUUAUGCUUCUUUAGCAGUGCCCAAGACAUUUCUGUGUUUGUAUUGUCAAGUAUUUUCUCUCAACAGUCACGCUGAUAUCACCAGAGACCAUAUAAUAGAGGGACGGCCCUCCCCAACAGUUUAUCACUAACCAUCAGCGCUACGGCCUGGCAUGUAACUGAUACACAUCGACACCCUGCUGCUAACUUCCUCUACCGGUACACAUGCUCAACAGAUGCGCAGACAUUCGCAAAUGAGCACUCUGGUAACCACGUAAACAAUAUUGCUUAAUAUUAUAUGGUCUCUGAUAUCACUGAUGUAAGGUUGUCGGCAAGUCAACAUGGUUUAUAAUGUUAUCAAUCUCGUCUUUGUUAAGGAUUGAUUUUUUCCUUGUAGACCUGAAGCCUCUUUAAGGAUUUAACAUGUCUGCAGGACUGUUUCGCUGGGCAGGAGGCAGGGUGUUUCUUCAUGGUCCUAAAUUGUCCUGUUUCACUGAAUCAAAUGUGUUGACAUUCCAUGGUUUGAAGCAACGAGUUCGCUGUGUUCUGUUCACAGUUCACAGUCUAGUGUGUCUGAGUGUUUAUCACUUGGUAUACUUCUUACAAGGGUAGUCAUUAUUAAACUUAGCCACAUUACUUGGAUGAAAUAUUUCUGAGCUCAAGAACAGGCCUUUUCUGCAUUAUUGAAACUUCAUCUGGAUGUAAUAUAUAGGUCUUGAGUGUCAGUGUAUAAUACAAUGCAGUGAUUUCAUUCCCUUGUACAAGAGAUUCCAUAUAUGCCUAAUACUUAACUGAUCUUCCUCUACUUACUCCCAUUUACCCACCCUCUGAAGGCAUAAUUUCUACAUUUCAUUUGUUGGACUAACGUCCUGUUGGCAGAGACCCUGUAGUGGUCUCUGUGCAUGGGUCUCUGUGAGCGGCUAUAGAUCUGUGUAUACAGGAGUGUGUUUACGCAGGGAGGGAAUUAUGCAAUACCUUGUUUAACCCUUCUGCUGCAGGCAACAUCCAAUGCCAGUCCUAUUCUCAUCUUCGAGUCAAUAACCCCAAGCCAAAAUUCAGUAAUAAAUAUUUGAAUAUUUUAUAUGAUAUAAA